CAAAUUCAUGCAAAAAUUAUACACAAAAGAUUCAGCUCGAUGCACAUUUUUUUAUUUAAUUGCUAGCAACUGAGAUAGCGUUGGAAAAGGCGUUUAUUCGGUUGUUCGAUUGUUAUCCGCUAUAAUUCAAGUAUUUAUUUAUUGCGAUUGAUCAAUGCCGCAAGAAUAUAGAUCCGCCAAUACCCCAAUGCUAUAAAAUCGUAUCCCUUAUUGUCCCCUUUAAAAUUUUACUUGCAGGAACCCUCGCGGGCGGUUAGCUGGAGCAGUAGCUAUGUGUAGCUCUCUGCCCCACCAGCCGCUCGGUAGCGUUUGCCCGCGCCAAGAGGCGCGUCACGCAUUCGGACGAACACGCAUGCGUUUGGCGAGAGAACGGAAAGAGGGUGGAAACGCCGACCAAUGGCUGUUCGACGAGCGGUGGCUGCCCGGGCGGAGCGUACGGCUUAAACGAGACGCAGCACAGGCGGAUUCUGCCACACGACGUCCGACAGCCGAGGGAAGACGUACGUCGUACCGUCCAAGGAGAGCAGAUCUUAAGAGUCUCCUAUCCUUGUUAGAAGUCCAGCAUUUCUUUCCCCAGUGAGAGUGUCCUUGGUGACAGUUGGCCGUUCUUGAACUUCCCUUGGUAACGAGUCGCGCGAGAUUUCCCGCUCGACAUGGAAACGCAAAGCGAGAAGCGAAAGGCGCAGCGCGGGUUUUGAAGAAAUCCUGAAAGAGGCACAGAUAGAUAAGUAGGUGAAGAUGCUUCACGGCGCUCUGCCGCGGGCCUUCCUGGCCCCGGGUCUUAACUACAUGAGCUACUACAGCGAAGAGAUUCAUCCUACUUACGCUGCGCCGCCGACCACGUGGCAUAUUCCGAUGGAGGAUCCAUCCUCGCCGAUUUACUCGCGGAUCCCACCAGCUGAGCAUCACGCGUCGUUGUCCUGGGAGUCCUCGAGGUCCUCGACGCCGUGUCCUUUAGAUCUGUCCUUGAAGCCGCCGCCGACACCGAACACCCCGAAGACAGAAGAGAUGAUCGAAGUGGGCGACGAGAAAGAUCUCAGGGUCCGCGAGGAAGUCCAGGUUUGCCCUGAAGAUCGCAGAGACACUGAAGAGGAUCAACAGCUGGUUGUGGACGACCUGGACACAUUACGAAGCUCUUCGGCACAGAGUCAUCAAAGUCAUUACGAACGACUGGUCCUUAAUAAAGAAUCGCCUCGCUUCCACGACUCGAUCGUCGACAAGCUCCAUCAUUUCCCUGAAGAGAGUACUCGAUUGCCGCCGUAUCCCGGAAGUGAGCUCACCUCCAAGUACCACUUGCAUAAUCAAAAGCUCCUCUUGGCGAGUCCGACGCACUUGCAAUCGAUGCAGAGCUAUCAUCAGCAGCUACUCUUGACACCGCAGCAACAUCUUCAGAGUGUGCACGCGCCCAUGACCCCGCCUAGCACGCCGUCACCGCCUCAAUGCCCCAGAAGAAGAGCCCGGGAGGAAGAUCUCGUUUCGCCAUCCGCGGGACCACCCGCCAGCGGCGCCUCCUUGUCGACCCCGAAGCAGCCCAGCAGCGAGAAGACCACCGUCCAGAGGCCCAAGAAGAAACACGCCAGGCGGCUCAAGUUCGACGAGGACACUAGCAGCCCGGUCUCGGGCACUGUCAUUUUGGGUCCGGACGAGGCGGUAGUGACCGGCGACAUCGAUCCCGCCUUCAACAUCGUCGAGGUCACGGAGGAGGCACGCGCCGAGCUGGCCAAGAUCGAAAAUCGGCUUGGGCCGUAUCAGUGCAAGCUUUGCCGGCAAGUUCACGAGGACGCCUUCCAGCUGGCCCAACACCGGUGCUCCCGAAUCGCCCACGUGGAGUAUCGUUGUCCCGAGUGUGACAAGCGGUUCUCCUGCCCGGCCAAUUUGGCGUCUCAUCGACGCUGGCAUAAGCCCAGGCUACCCAACGCCGACAGUUCCGCGACGUCGUCGUCCACAUCGUCGUCGUCGUCGGGGGGCAACGCUGAGAUCCCGUGCACCAGAUGCGAGGCCAAGUUUACGAGGCAAGCUGCCCUGCGUAAACACCUCGCCACUCAACACCCUGAAACUAACAACAACGUCAGCAAUAGCAAUAACAACAACACCGGGGCCGAUGGCCAGGAAACCAUCGGCAAGUCAGACGUCGCCCAGACAGUCCCGACUAGCCAGUUGUCCAGCGAGAUGACCUGACACCAAUUUCCAGCGAGACCCCUGCCGAGACGACCUGGGCUUUACUGGAGAUUCGGCCUCGAUUUGUAAGAAAAGCUAACACCUUUUUCAUUCACCAAUUGAUCCGGCGGUUAUUGUUACGAGUACAUAAUCAAAACACUCAGCAUGCUCCUUCUAGGAUCUUUUAUGGAGUACCAUAGUAGAGUUUCCCAUGAAGGAAAGAAAUAAGAAAAAAUGUCACUUGAAAGAGAAGAGCAUUAUUGUUAUUGUUGCUAAGAAGAGACACUUAAUCUCUACUUAUUAUUAUCGUUUUGUCGGUUCAAUUUACCUCGUUAUCGUUUAUUUUACUUUAGUCUUAUCUUAUUAUUAUCGCCUUAUCGUUUUGUUUUAGC